AAGUAGGGGGCAGAAGAGAAAUUAAUUUACUACUCUUCUCACGAGCUUUUCUCAAUUUGCUUCACGCCAACGUAAUCAAACCUCCAUUAAGAUUCUACUUCUGCAACACUUCUAUGCGAUCGAUCGAAAUUCGUAGUGACUACGCCAAUUCGAGGCUAAUAGCGGGAGUUUUACUGUGGAUCUAUUAGAGAUUGAAUUAUGGUUCCGAAGGGUUUGAUUUAUAGCUUCGUUGCCAAAGGGACAGUCGUGCUAGCGGAGCACACUCCUUACUCUGGAAACUUCAGCACAAUUGCCGUUCAGUGUUUGCAAAAGCUUCCUUCUAACAGCAGCAAGUACACGUACUCGUGUGACGGUCACACUUUCAAUUUCCUUCUCGAUAGUGGAUUUGUGUUUCUAGUUGUUGCAGAUGAAUCGAUGGGAAGAAGCAUACCUUUCGUAUUUUUGGAGAGAGUGAAGGAUGACUUCAAGCAGCGCUAUGGUGCUAGCAUCAAGAGUGAUGAUCCACACCCUUUAGCUGAUGAUGAAGAUGAAGAUGACCUGUUGUUUGAAGACCGGUUUAGUAUCGCUUACAAUCUUGAUCGAGAAUUUGGACCACAGCUCAAGGAGCACAUGCAGUAUUGUAUGAGUCAUCCAGAGGAAAUGAACAAGCUGUCCAAACUGAAGGCUCAAAUAACAGAGGUCAAAGGAAUAAUGAUGGACAACAUCGAGAAGGUUUUGGAUCGUGGUGAGAAAAUUGAAUUAUUAGUGGAUAAGACUGAUAACCUUCAGUUCCAGGCUGACAGCUUCCAAAGGCAAGGGAGGCAGUUGCGUCGGCAAAUGUGGCUGCAAAAUAUCCGCAUGAAGGCAAUGAUUGCAGGAAUUGUAAUUGUUCUUCUCUGCCUUCUCUGGCUUAUGUUUCGUUGAGAUUUGGAAACCUUGGUACUGAAACACGUCUCGUUUUUUUCUGGCUUUAUUUCAUCUUUAUGUACAAAAACUAUUAGUCUAGUAGCUGUUGUUUGCCUUGCUCACACCCAGGCAUUUGGUCAGUUGUAUUUUACUGUGGAGAUCAUUGUUAUUUUUGUUAAAUGUAAACUUCAUCUCCUUCCAAUAA